AUGGGCCAAAAAAGAGGACGCGAUCCCAAAGCCCAAGCGGCGAAAGCAAACAAGCGCACGAAAGCCGUCAAGGCUGACGGCAGCGACGAUGAGCGCUCCGUCGGAGUUGAGGACCUCAACUGGAAAACAGUUGCCAUGCCAGACCGCAUGGAGGACGCCGAAGGUUUCUUUGGACUCGAAGAAAUUGACGGAGUCGAUAUCAUUAAGACUGGUGGAGAUGUUCAAUUCAAGGCCAAGACCGGGAAGCCAAGAAAGUCAAUCAUCAAGCCUCCGUCCGAGGACGACAAUGGUGAGGAGUGGGGUGGAUUCAGCGACGAGGAAUCAUCCGAGAAGACUGCCGCUGCUGAGAAGACCUCCACCGAGGAGUCCGCCAAACCGGAAGUGAAGAAAGCCAAGGACGACAAGCAGUCCAAGAAGGAGAAGGCCAAGGAGCAGCAAAAAGCAAAGAAGGAAGACACAAAGACCAAGGAGCAAAAACCUAAGGACCAGAAGCCCAAGGAUUCAAAAUCAACUCAGGACCGGAACAUCAAGAGCGGACUCUCAUUUGCUGCCCUUGAAGAGGCUGAGGAUGAUGAUGAAUUCGACGUUUCAGCUUGGGACUCCCUCAAUCUCUCUUCCGAAAUCUACACUGCUCUUUCCAAGAUGAAGUUCAGCUCACCGUCAGCUAUCCAGAAAGCUGCUAUCCCAGCUAUUCUCGAUGGCCACGACGUUGUUGGAAAGGCUUCUACUGGUUCCGGUAAGACUUUGGCGUUCGGUAUUCCUGUCAUUGAGCACUAUUUGGACCAGAGGGGAAAGCAGGGAGAGAAGGAGGAAAAGACCAAAACCCCCAUUGCAUUGCUACUGUCUCCUACCCGUGAAUUGGCCCACCAGCUUGCCAGGCACCUCGGAGAGCUUAUCGCCAAUUCCCCCGACACCAACGCCCGUAUCUCCCUGUUGACUGGUGGUCUCUCCAUCCAAAAGCAACAAAGGCAACUCGCCUCAGCAGAUAUCGUCAUCGGAACACCUGGUCGUGUGUGGGAAAUUCUCAGCACGGGAACUGGAUUGAUCCGCAAGAUGCAGAAGAUUCGGUUCUUGGUUGUUGAUGAGGCCGAUAGGCUUCUGAGCCAAGGAAACUUCAAGGAGGUGGAGGAUAUUCUCGGCGCACUUGACAAAGAACAAGCCGGUGAUAUCGAGGAUAUGGAUGAGGAGAAGGAAGAAGAGCCCACUCAAAGACAGACUCUUGUCUUCUCUGCUACAUUCCACAAAGACCUUCAGCAAAAGCUGGCAGGCAAGAGUCGCUGGACUAGCGGAGAUAUGUUGGACAACAAGGAAUCUAUGGAGUAUCUUCUGAAGAAGUUGAACUUCCGCGAAGAGAAGCCCAAAUUCAUUGAUGUGAAUCCCGAGUCCCAAAUGGCCACUGGUCUCAAAGAGGGAAUUGUGGAAUGCCCUGCCAUGGAAAAGGAUCUCUACCUCUACUCAGUUCUGCUGUACUACCCCAAGCACCGCACCAUCAUUUUCACCAACUCCAUUUCUGCCGUCCGCCGUAUCACCCAGUUGUUGCAGGUUCUUCAACUCCCCGUGUUCGGGCUCCACUCCAACAUGGCCCAAAAGGCCCGACUUCGCUCCGUGGAGCGAUUCUCCUCACCCACUGCCGACCCAAGCUCUAUUCUUGUUGCUACCGACGUUGCUGCCCGUGGUUUGGAUAUCAAGGGCAUCAACUGUGUGAUUCACUACCACGUUCCGCGCGCAGCAGACGCCUACGUCCACCGAUCCGGUCGUACUGCACGUGCCGGCGAGUCCGGAAAGAGUAUCCUUAUCUGUGCCCCCGAAGAAGUCGUCGGCGUUGCCCGUCUUGCGGCCAAGAUCCAUUCUAAGAGAACAAAGGGUGAAGCAGAUGACGCGCCCAGCAAGAAACUUCCCCUCGAAUCUCUUGACAUCGAUCGUCGGGUAGUGGCACGUCUCCGCCCCCGCAUGACCCUUGCCAAGCGCAUCACCGACUCCACUAUUGCUAAAGAGAAGGUCAACACCGAGGACAACUGGCUUCGUGCCGCGGCUGAUGACCUUGGUGUUGAAUAUGACAGUGAUGAAUUUGAUCAGUCCAAGGGCAAGGGCCGUGGUCGUGGUGGUGGUCGCGAGCGUCGCGACAAGGAAGCUAGCGAAAUGACUAAGUCCGAAAUGGCCGGUCUUCGUGCCGAGCUCAAGCAGCAGCUUUCUCAACGGAUCAACAUUGGUGUUAGUGAGAAAUACCUGACCGCUGGUCGCAUUGAUAUUGAUGCCCUUCUUCGUGGGGAGGGCAACAAGUCCUUCCUUGGCCACCUCGACCCUUUGACUUUCUAA